CAUUCAGGUACAGUAGGUACUGGUGAGCCUAUAGUCAGUGCAAUCAAGAGUGACUCUGCAUUGAUUGGAGGUAACAUGAAUAUGUUUCUCAUGUAUUUCACUGUUAUAAUGUCAUAAUAAACCAUAGUUAUAUUGUAGUCAGUAAAACAACAUGUCAGAUAUGAAAUUAUCCUGGUCAAAAUAGACAAAGAUAAUGAUACAGGUCUCACUUGCAAAAUAUAUCUUUUUCUGAAUGAGACAAACCUGGAUAAAUAAAGGUUCAACAUAUGAUAGUUAAACAUAUGAAAGUUCAACAUAUGAUAUGUCAUGUUUGCAGCAUCACAUCACAAAGCUUUGAAGUAGUGGUUGAUUAGGUUCCAAUUGGUUCAGUUGCUGGAAUGUAGAAAGUAGUUCAAAGUCGUCCUUAUACAGGCUGACUCAGUGCCAAAUGCACAAAGGACACCAAAACUAAUUAAACGUUUAAAGAAAUGAUUUGCUGAUUAAGGAACUUUUUACAGCUAUCUUCAAGUACUUUUUCAUUUUAGAACCACUGUAAUUUACCAUUAAAUUAAGUCUGGGUGUGUUCUGGCUUCCCAAUAAGAUGUAUCCUUUUCUCUUAAUAAUGAAAUGCACCAUACAUAGCAUUGCAGUGUACAAGAACUGUAGCUAAGGUUUAUGAAAUGAAUUGCCUGCGACAUUUGUGAGAAUUGAACUGGAGUUCUUUGUGCUGUGCCUUGUACAGAGAUGGUUUUACAGCUAUCAGAAGCUUGUGUAAUACCUUUUAGAGUUUAGAUCAGCAACAGAAAUCAGGCAGGCUGGGUAAUAGCGACGAAAUACCCACGGGAGAAAUUGGCAUAUUAUUUAUCUUAAGGCUCCCACGACGUAGACAAAUGUCGCAGAACUAAACUUGAGAAUGCUGAGAAGGGAGUUCAUGUAGUCUGAAAGCCACUGUGCUUUCUCUAUUUUUGCUUCUGAAAAUGGAAACCCAUAGGGAUGUCACAAUGUGAAAUGAUGUUAAUUGGUUUGUAGUUAGAAUUCUUCAGUGUUUUCCGACUUCAAAAAGCGUUUCUUUGUCAAAGUGCAUUUUUACACCUUUAAAUUGGACUUGAGCUUUCUGUGUUUUCAAAUGAGUGCUGUUUUGUUGUUUCCUAACUCAAUGUUUUGUACUCCAUUGCAGGUGUGAUUGCCGUGGUGAUAUUUGUGAUUCUGUCUGCGUUGGCAAUAAUGGCAAGGUUCCUGUAUCGACGGAAAGAGACGUUCCACACCCAAGAACCCCAGGGAAUCAAACCUGAGGCAGACAGCCCUGAAUACCCUUUCCACAGCGAGCCCACCUCACAGAACAUACUAAGUGAAAACCAAAAGGAGUAUUUCAUA